AUGAGCCUCCACUCCAGAUCAGUGGCAGGGGUGGAGGUCUACAGUGACAGCGCCUCCCCGGUGUCUCUGAACUCCAGCGUUUUCUUCAGCGAGUCGACGACGUCUUGCCUCAGAGACCCGCUCGACUUCUUCAUCAUCAACGUCGGAGGAAGUCGCUACGUGUUGUCGCAAGAGCUGCUGGCAUCCUACCCGGAGACCCGGCUGGGGAAACUAGCCUGUUGCGGCCGAGACUCGGCACUGGAGCUCUGCGACGACGCCGACUUCCUGGAAAACGAGUUCUUCUUCGACCGAAACUCACAGACCUUCCAGUACGUGAUGAACUACUACCGGACGGGUCACCUGCACGUGAGGGAGGAGCUGUGUGAGAUCUCCUUCCUGCAGGAGAUCGAGUACUGGGGCAUCGACGAGCUCCGCAUCAACCCCUGCUGCCGUGAGCGUUACUACCGCCGCAAGGAGCAGAAAGAGACCCUCGACGUACAGCGAGACUUUGAGCCCGAGGACGACGACGAGAACUUUGUGGGUGCCGCCUGCCCGACUCUCCGUCGCCACCUGUGGGACUUCCUGGAGAAACCCGAAUCUUCGCGCGCUGCUCGCACCUUCGGCUCGCUCUCAAUCUUCUUCGUGGUGUUGUCAGUCAUCAACAUGGUGCUCAUCUCUCUGGACUUUGGGGAAGAUUUUGGUGUUAGCGACAUUGGUAUCGACCCACCGCUGCUGUUCGAUGCCCUCGAGUACGUGUGCGUGGUGUGGUUCACCGGUGAGCUGGUACUUCGGUUUCUCUGCGUAAGGGAUAAGUGCCGCUUCAGUCGAAGUAUUCCCAAUGUGAUUGACCUGCUGGCCAUCCUGCCGUUCUACGUGACGCUGGCGGUGGAAAGCCUCCAUGGAGGCAGCACAGAGCUGGAGAACAUGGGCCGUGUGGUGCAGGUCCUCCGACUCCUGAGGUCGCUCCGUAUGUUGAAGCUGGGACGACACUCGACAGGUCUGAAGUCUCUGGGUAUGACCAUCGCUCAGUGCUACGAGGAGGUUGGCCUUCUGCUCCUCUUCCUCGGUGUCGGUAUCUCCAUCUUCGCCACCGUGGUCUUUACUCUGGAAUACGACCUUCCCGCCACCACCUUCACCAGCGUGCCGGCUGCCUGGUGGUGGGCGACCACCUCCAUGACCACGGUCGGCUACGGAGACAUCCGGCCCGACACCACUGUGGGGAAGGUGCUGGCCUUCCUCUGCAUCCUGUCCGGGAUCCUGAUCCUGGCGCUCCCCAUCGCCAUCAUCAACGAGCGCUUCUCCGCCUGCUACUUCACCCUAAAGAUGAAGGAGGCUGCGAUGCGGCACGGCGAGAUGCUGAAGAGGCUGGCCCGCGGCUCUGUGGGUGGGGCGAGCGUCAGCGGAGGUGUGAACCUGAGGGACGCCUACGCCCGGAGCGUCCUGGAGAUGUUGAGGCUGCACGGGCGAGAGAGGGUGAGCACCCGGAGCAGCGGAGGAGAGGAACUGUGGUGGUAGAACCAGGAGAGCGGUCGUCACCCAGGAACUGUGCUGUUAAGGGAUAACAAACACCAUCCGGAAUAAAGCCGCAACUUUUAGUCAAUUAGCUGAUAAGUGGAUUGAUAGAAAAUCAAUGAGGACCUAUUACUUUUACUUACUUCACUUUACUUGACUUGGCAUGAUUCACUCUUCACAAACAUUCUUAUUUAUCUACUUACGAUACUACUAGAUACUGACUUCAUGCAGCCCCUCAGUUCAUCCUCUAUCUGUUCAUCCUACUGAACAAAAUAUACCAGAAUAUCCGGAAACAUCAGCGUGAUAAGAACGACCCAAAAUGACAAGAACCGUCUUUGGGAAAGAAUUAUUUGACUUUUUUUUUUAUUUGUCCCAUAUAACAUGGAUAUCCUGUAGCCAGUCACCAGAUAACUGUCAUGUUGUCCAUAUUUAUAUGUGUCGAUGGUCUGAGACAAGUCACUUAAUUAACCCGUUUAGCUACAUUAGCAGAAACUAAAGCUAUAUGUCCGUCAGUAAACUCCAGAAGUCACCGUGUUCAAAAAGAGAUGUUUAUAGAACAGAGUGUUUAAAUUUAGACGUGGAUGUACUGUGCCUCGAUGCAUUAGGUCAUCCAGUUUAUAUGAUAGCAGUAUCUUAAAACAGAGUCAGCUACAGCCUCUCAGGUGGGACGGCCAAUCAGAUUUCAGUGCAACAACACAGGAACUCAGGAUCUGACGUUCACUGUGAGUAUUCGGCUACCAGGAUGCUAUAAGACAUUAAAGAUCUCACUGUUUUCUGAUGUUUCAUAGACUGCAAAUAAUCAGCAGAUUAAUCGAUAAUAAAAUAAUAAUAAAUAAUAAUAAAAAGCUCUGACUUUGGGUUUUGUACACUAGAAAUAAGAUGCAGGACUCAGAGCCGUUCUCUGUCUGCUCUCAGAGGUCCUGCUCGGUGCUCAAAUGUAGGUCAACUCUCAGAAAGUUGAAAUAUUCAGAAGGAAAUCUGUGAAACAUUCCUGUCGUGUUUCCCUGUGGUUGCGUCUCAUCUGCUGUGGACUGAUAACGUGUAUUUUGACAGUAUCGUCUCUAUUCAGUUUUACUCAUUUAAGUUACUUUUAUUAGAUAAAUUCUGUUUUAAAAAAGUUUGGAGAAACGCUGCAUAUGAAAGUAACUUCAAUUAACUGAAUAAAAUUAGUAUAAUUAACUUAGCAAUAAAUGAAAGAGUUACUACUUACUACACUCAAAUAUCUUUCAUGCUUCAACUGUCUGAGUGAAUAAACUUAAAGGCAAUCGGUUUGAGUUGAACUAACUCAUCAGAAAUGUGUUCUCGUUCCCCCAGUGUGAUGUUUGAUGUCAGAGUUUGACACUCGGAGGAAAGUUUCUCUGCACUCAUCUGAGUUUAUGAUUUUAUUUUAAUUUGGUUCAAGCACUCUGAGAUGUUUUCCGCCACAACAACUCUCGAUUCAGUGGGAAAAAAAACUAUUUCUGUGUUCCCAUCCAUACAAAACAUUAUCUCUGUGCACCACCUUGGAUAAAACCCUUCUCCGAGAGCACACAUGCAUUAGUAAGUGUUGUACAAGUCAGUAUAAAACCCUACAGGCUGUGUUUUUUUUGUCACGCUACCUUGGUGCUUCUGCUCUCUUGUGUAGUUUCUGUUCUCAUUCUGUGAAUCAGUCAUGCAAUAAAGGACAUUCUCUGUGGGUCACAGUGGUCUUUUCAAAUAUCACAGUGAUGGCCCGAAGGCCUGAAUAAAAACACUGAGCUGCUGCCAGGAUGUUUUCUGCUUUCUAACAGUCUUGUUUUUAGAUUAGCUGCUGUAUGUAUCAGCUAGGUUUUUUAUUUCCCAAGGAAAUCAAAUUCAAAAGCUGAUCCUGAGUCUGUUGUUGUGUCAGUGGUUGGCUUGUUUUUAUCACUCAGGAGAACAUUGUACAAUCGUUCCAGGAUUUCACAGAAGUUUUUAGGCAUUUUUUGCAAAGAAAUUGCAGCAAAUUGCAAACAAUUGUUGCGUGUUGUGAUUUAAAAACAUUAAACAUUUUUAUAAAAAAUCAAAGGCUGGGAUGCACGAGAGCCCAGAGCGGACAAACCCUGGCUGCAGAUAAAGUUGGAGUUUUGUGGCCACCGUAGUUUCUUCUCCUCGUUCUCACUCCAAGGACGCCAGCAGUGUUCACUUAGUUGCAAUCUGUAACUUCACCAUCAGAUGCCACUAAAUCCUAGACACUGUCCUUUAAAAGGGAAACUACAUGUAUAUAUAUGUACAACCUAGAUAACAACCUUCCUAUGUUUCUUCAUGUUGUUGUGUCUAAGAGACAAAUGUGGACAACAGUUUUUGAAAUGAGUCCAGUUCUAAACGAGAACGAACGUAAUCCUCCGAGCCAAUUGUGCAACGUAUGUCCACUGAGAUGUUCUGUUGGUUUCAGAACGUAAGAUGAUCAGCAAACUGUCAGCUGUGUGUGUGUCAGCAGAGGUGAGACAGUCUCACCUGUUUUAAGCCUCGUUUGCAUCCAUUUGUUUCACAGUUUGAACAGACACCUCUCGUGUCAGUCUGAGGAGGAAAGGUUGCAAAGAAAUCAGUGACAGCGUCCAGCCGACGGCAUUUCAUUAGUGUGUGUGUGUGUGUGUGUCAGUAAUUAUAUAACACAACCUUUCCACACACCCUUUUUAAGCCCUGACACGUUCUCUCCAUCUCUGCCUUGCACUGAAUGCAUCAUUUACACUUUUUAUUUUACACUUCUAUUUUUAAGCGUUCAGCUGAUUCUCGCAGGU